GUCAGAGCUCCAUGACAGGACACUGGAGGCUGGGCUCCAGUCAGCUGACAGAAUAGGCUCCACCAAGAUGGCGAUCUUCAGUGUGUAUGUAGUGAAUAAGGCAGGCGGCCUGAUCUACCAGCUGGAUAACCAGAUCCCUCGCUCCGAGACUGAGAAAACCUUCAGUUACCCGCUGGACCUGGUGCUGAAAGUCCACGAUGAUCGGGUGCAGGUGUCAUUCGGGCAGCGUGAUGGCAUCCGAGGUGAGGCUGCUGGGCCCCAGGGAUCUGCGAUGAAAUGGGGGCUGGUGUGUUAGAUCCUGAAUGGAGCGUUCCUUAAUGUGGGGGGGGGGACCCGGCUAUUGAUGUACACCGGGCCCCCAGAUAUUGCUGAACUACAACUCCCAUGGUUCUUUGAAUUACAUAGAUAGCCAGAGAAUCAUGGGAGUUGUAGUUCAGCAACAUCUGGGGGGCAGGAGUUUGAGGACCCCUGAAUUGUACACAGUCUGACCUGCUAAUGGCUACCCUAAUACCCAUAUAAUUAUACACCUAUAAACUCACACCUUCUCUUUAUACUGCAGUAAUUUAGUGCUGAUUUGUUUGUUUGUAUUUUGGUGUUGUCUGUGUACAAUGCUUGGUAAUUGGUGGAGUGGUCAAAAGGGUAUUUCCACAGACACUGAAGAAUUACUUCCCCCUCCCCCCAUUGAUGCCCUAUUGGCAAAGCAUCUUGGGAGUUGUAGUCCUACAAGAGCUGGUGAUAUACUUUUCAGCCACCUAUGGAAUAGAUAAGUUAUUGCAGAUGCUUUUGUAAAUAGGUUCUCCAUAAAUUAGACUCCGUGAGGUGCUUUGUUGGUGAGUGUCUAAACUGGUAAAAUGUUCUUCUUAUCAACAGCUGUCAUGCUAAUAGGAAUAAGUGUGAUCUAGUGUUCUGUCACAACAACAGUUUAAUUUAAAAUUGUCGUCAUGAACAUGAGUGUUCCUAAAUCAGAAAUACUACAAAAUGGCCAAUUUUUCCUUUAACCCCUUAAGGACACGUGACGUGUCAUGAUUCCCUUUUAUUCCAGAAGUUUGGUCUUUAAGGGGUUAAAGGAACUAUAGAGCAAUGUAAUGGUUAUGUCAGCAGGCCACUGCUGCUAUCCGAGGGUAAGUGGUCAGAACUUUUUUUUUUUUUUUUUUUUGACACAUUCUCUGGUCUCCUGGAAGCAUGGGAUUCAGCCUCCCCUUCUGGUUUAUCUAAAGCAGAAGUUCUGUUUUACAUAUAUCUAUUUUCUCUCUGUGGACAAAAUUCAUGGCUGAGCAUGUCGGCCUGUGAUUUCUGUUCAAACAUCAGUGGAAUUGACAAGAGGCCAGAAAACGCAGGGUACCAUAACUACUACAGCACAUUGACUGGUGCAUAAAAUAACACGUUAUUAACCGUUUUAUAUGCAUGAUGCAUUUAGAUACCAUGUUUAAAGAGAAAUUAGUAGUUCCUUGCUCUUUAUUUUUUCUAUUGCAAAUUAAGAACAGGUGACAUACAGGGAAUUCUAAUUAUUGGUAUUUAUAUAGCACCAUCUUAUUCCGCAGCACUUUACAUUAUGUUACUUACUACUGAUGGAUUUACCAUAAAUGCUUCUUACUGGGUAAAUGCAUAAUAUGCUUCUUACUGGGUACAUGCAAGGAUAAGCAAAGCUUAUUGCUGUUAUACUAGUAUGUAAGGUAGUCUAUCAAUAACCUCCCAUGGGCUAACCCAAGCAUGAGAUCGCUACAGCAGCUUCUUACAAUGGUUGUCCCUAAGGCAGCAUCAUGUACCUCAGUACCUGCCAGAAUCUGAGUGUACCAAGCUUCCAGAUCAAAUAAUGGCAGCAAUACAGCUUAAAGGGGCACUGUAGGCAUCAUAACCAUUUUAACUGACUGAAGUGAUUAAAGGAAAACUAUAGUAUAAGCAACACAAACCAUAAGUAUUUUAUCACAUAUAUUUGUACCUUUUUUGCACCAGAGGUUCUCCUUAUUUAUUGAAACUUCCCAUUGUCAAUAGGUGAAUUAUUGAUUGAUUGAACACUGGGAACAUUCUACAGAGCAACUAGGGCAUGCUUUUAUGCAAGUAAAGAAAAGUACUUCUGUAUGGGUUCAUUCUUAUCUGCCUGGUACACCUUUUUUAUUUAUUCUGUGUUGUCUUUGUUCUUUCUUGUAUCCCACCAGUUGGACAUGCGGUGCUCUCAAUCAAUGGGAUUGAUGUGAAUGGCAGAAAUACAGCAGAUGGGAAGGAAGUUAUUGAAUUCCUCAAUAAUCCAGCCAACUACCCACUGUCUAUCCGGUUUGGCCGACCUCGUCUCUCUUCCAAUGAGAAAUUAAUGCUGGCUUCUAUGUUCCACUCGUGAGUUACUGCAAACCUCGACUUUACACAAAGAAUAUAAUGCCGCUGUGUAUGUGUGUGUGUGUGUGUGUGUGUAUAUAUUUCUAUAAUACUCGGUCCUCCAUAAAAAAAAAAAAAAAACCCUGUAGAAAUGUACUGAUCAUCAGAGACACUGUGCACGCAGCAUUGGCUCAGACAGAGGAGGAGAUGAGUCCAAGCUGUACCACACUCACAAGCUAGACAAAAUUGGCACAGGCAUCCCAAAACUGAGAGUUCCCGCUGCUUCAUUAAUAGCUAUUGGGGCUUUUAUAGCUGCAGUGUAUUUCACAAACCACCUCCGUUAUAUAUAUCACCUGCAGAGCUGUGGGAGGGUGCUCGUUAUUAACGUAUGGAUUGUUUAAAAUUGUGAAUACUGGAGUAAUUUGGUAAUGACUUACCUUUGUUGUAUAGACCUGCAUCUUCUGUGCAGAUGGUGGGUUAAUUUCUGCUUCACAGGAUAGAUGUCAAUACAAUUUCAAGCUUGUUAGAUGCAUCCAUGAUUCCACCUUUGCUCUGUGUCUAACAGUGUGUUCUCUCUGCACCAUCGGUUUGCAAUAAAGUAAAGUUGUUAUGGUGCUUAGGGUGAAGGUAUAAUUCUUAAUUAGUUUCUGUGGCAUUUAUACAUAAAUAUUCAUAAAGAUGAGAGUUGCUUAACUAUUUUAUUUUUUAAAUUUUUUUAUUUUUUAUUCCACUAUUUGUUCUAGAUUAUUUGCCAUAGGAUCUCAGCUCUCCCCUGAGCCUGGAAGUUCUGGUAUAGAAAUGUUGGAAACUGAUACAUUCAAGCUGCACUGCUUCCAAACUCUGACUGGUGAGAAUAACAAUAUACUGAUUGGUGAAACACACAAUAUAUUCAGAUCUCCUUCCAGGUUCAGUUUGGUAAUUGCAAUAUGUUAAAGGAACACUCUGGGGACCAAUGCAUUUUGUUUUUGGCCUCUUGAAUAUGUUUUAUUUUUUGCAUGCUCAAAUCAUAUCGUUUUUGCAUUAAAAUGUUUUGCAGAAUGCUGUACCAUAAGCUGGCAUGCUCUUACUCCAGAAAAAGUCUUCCUUAUCAUAUAUAUGCAUACAUAAACUCGACCAUCGAUAUUACUAAAUGAUCUGAACUACAAAACCAGCAUUAGAAGAAGAGAACACUCGGGGAGGCAGAUAGCUAGGAUAUCCCUACCGGUUUGUAUUUUUUGUCUGCAGUCAGGUUGUGAAAUAAAAGCAACUAACUUAGUACUGUGAGACUGUGUGCAUGCAUUUGAUAAGUAAUUUCUGGAUUAAGGGGCCUUAGUUAAGGAGGCAGGCUUAUGGUGCAGCAUUUUGCCAAACAUAAUUUUUUUUAUUUUUUUUUUUUUAUAUAUAUAUCUCUAAAGAAUAAAGCAUGCAAAAAAUCCAGCAUUAUAAUGAGGCCAAAAUCUUUAAAGUGAAUUCAAGUUGUAUUGGUACCAGGAGUGUCUCUUUAAUUUACCAUUGACACACAUGUCUUCAUUCUCAAUCCAGACUCCAACUGGGAAGGAAAAUAAUUUAAUUACUUGGGGUAACACACGGUCUAUUCACUAUUUGUUCCGGAAUCUGGUAUUUGAGAUUAAAGGGAUAUUCCAAACACCAUAACAACUUAUGCUUGUUUAAGUGGUUAUGGUGUAAGUCUCUGUAUGUCCAGCAUUUCUUCUUGAAAUGCUGUAUAUAAAGAACUAUUAUAAUUUAUUUGCCACCUAUGACAGCAGGCAUCAGUCAGCUUGGAACCAGAGAUCCAGGCUGGUUAUGCAGAAUUUGUGCAUUUGAUGUCAGCGCACACAGCAUGUGGAUAGGGAACGCAAAGUCUUUACAGCAGGAAUCUCAAACUUUGACACCCCAGAUGUUGAUGGCCUACAACUCCUAUCAUUUCUUCAAUUUAAUAGAUGGCCAGAGGAAUGAUGGGAAUUGUAGUUUAGCAGCAUCUGGGGGGGACAGAGUUUGAGAUGCCGGCUCUGCACGCAGGUUCUGCGAUGUGAGAAGCAGUGAAUUGGCUGAUCAGUCCAAACAAUGCUUCCUUUUUAUAGUUGGAAUACAUUUAUUUGAUUCAACAAAUAAUAUUUAAAAUAAUGGUCACAGAAGGUAUUUGGUUUUAUAACAAAUCCACAUAAAGAAUAGUUACCCUGUUUUGGAUCUAAAGCCUGAGUGAAGUCAGGGGCUAAAUUGGCCUCAAGUACCACUGGCGAAUGUGAUUUCUGUGUAAGAUAAACAUAAUUUUUGCACAGUGUGUUCAGUGGGAGAAACCUCUUUGUACCAAAUUUAAGGAAAGCUCUGGCUAUAUUCCACCAUCCAUUUACAAUUUGUAUAUCCAAGGAAAGUGCUGGGUAUAUUCCGUACAACCUAGUGUGUAGUUUAACACUUGUUACUGCUGUACAGGCUUUCUCAGAAGCCAUACAGGAGCUUUGUACCUUGUGCCCAUGACCUACAAUAACUAGUAUGUCCAAGGAGAUCAUGGCUUCUUUUGCUGUUACGCACUGCAGAGUGUGCUUAUGACUGCUGUGAAGUUUGAAAAUUUUUGCAGUUAUAAAGUAAGAAUGAGGGCCAUGAUCUCUGCACCGUAGGCCGUGUAGAAAGGUAUGGUACUGGCGGUGACCUUUGACCAAAACUGAAGAUGAGCUACAUACUGUAUUAUGCUUAUUUGGAUGUGUAUUAGGGUUGAUAUAUUUCAGAAGAUAGGUCAACAUAUUGCUUAUGCUUGGCUCCUAAAUUAAUUAUAAAAAGGAAAAAAAAUUAAAAGAAAUCGCCAUCAGAAUUGAAACAUAUUUGAAAUUAUGCAUUAAGUGGCAAAAUAUACAGUGACGUACAAGAAGUGGUGUUUAGGGCCAUAAACAAACGCUUUCAGUCUAAGGGAAGUGGUGAUGCAAAAGAUGCAUUAUCCUUACCUGUUCUUUAAAUGUGUAGGAUUCUAUUUGUGCCAUGAAUAGUAAGUAUUUUUAUUUAUUUAUUUAUUUUUAUACACCUAAUGCAUUACAAAGUAGAAUUAGCCACACAACUCUUACAGUACUAGCCAUAUUUUGCCAAUCGUACUUUAAACCCUUAAGGAUGCAGGAUGGAAAAUUUCUCUCCAAUAAUAAAAUUAACCCCACAUUGCCGCAAUCAUGGGGUUAAUGUUCCUGUAGUGUGUCUCUGUGUUAGAGGCACACUACAGCAACAGUUUCACUGAUUCAGCCCAUGGGAUCACUCUGACUCCCAGAUGUAAACCGGGAGUCAGAGCGAUCACAAGUGCUGCAGUGAAACCCGCUCUGGCUCCCUUACUGUAAAAAACAAACUGUUAAUUAUAAAAUUCCACCCCCCCUCAGCCCUUUCAAAUAAAAUGUAACCCUUUCCCUGCCCUUUGAUCACGUCUGCAGUAAAAAAAAAAAAAAAAAACUUAAAGUUUUAAAAUAGUAAAAAAAAGUUGUUAAAAGCUGAAGAAAAAUGUUUUAAAAAGGGAAAAAAUGCAUAUUACCUCUACACUUGGUACAGGCUAGCGAAAAAAUGAUAUGGUUUAAUGUUAUAGUUUAAUGUAUGCCUUUUGAAACACCCUGGGGUUUCUUCUUCAGGAAAUGGCAUGCCUUUGUGAAGUAAUUGGAAAACGCAACCUAUUAAAAAAAAAUUCCAGAGUAGGGCCUGGACCCAGCGUAAAAAUUCAAACUUAAAUGGCUGUGUCUCAAAUGUGCCCCUUAAACGUUGUCAUAUACCUGGUAAAGGUACGUACAGGAGGUAUUGCUGUACUCAGAUGACAUAGCUGAGCAACAUAUGAUGUAUUAUACUGCUGUAGCACACAUAAGGUUUUCAAAAUAUAUAUUACAAACUAAUUGUGUGUCAAAAAGGCAUAAAAAAUGCUUAUUACCACUACAUUUGGUACAGGCUAGCAGAAAAAUUAUUUCAGGCUAAGGUUCAAAAUUUGCCUUUUGAAAUACCGUAUAAGCCGAGUUUUUCAGCACAUUUUUUGUGCUGAAAAACCCCAACUCGGCUUAUACUCGAGUCACUGUCUGUAUUAUGGCAAUUUACAUUGCCAUAAUACAGACUGGGGGCUGGCAGCGAGCGCUUACCUCUCCUGCAGCUCUCUCCUCCUCCGCGCCGGUCCGGUCAGCUCCCAGUGUAAGUCUCGCGAGAGCCGCGGGGUCAUAGAGCGGCUCUCGCGAGACUUACAGUGUGAGCUGAGAGAAGAGCUGCACGGACCGGCGCGGAGGAGGAGAGAGCUGACAGGAGCUGCAGGAGAGGUAAGUUACAGCUCUGCCAGCUCCCCUCCUCCCCCCACUGAACUGCCAAUGCCACUGGACCACCAGGGAAGGAGAGCCCCCCUCCCUGCCAUGUAUCAAGCAGGGAGGGGGGACAACAAAUAAAUAGAUUAAUAAUAUACAAAUAUAAAUAAUAAUAAUAAUAAUAAUAAAAAAAAUAAUAUAACAAAAAAAUUAAAAUAAUAUAUAUAUUUUUUUUUUUUAUAAAAAUGCCCACCCCCCCACCAAGGCUCUGCCACACAAACACACACUGCAUCACACACACUGCAUCCAUACACACACACUGCGCACUCAUACACACACACUGCGCACUCAUACACACACACUGCGCACUCAUACACACACACUGCGCACUCAUACACACACUGCAUUCAUCAUAUACACACACUGUAAAUAAAUAUUCAAUUAAUAUAAUUUUUUUAGGAUCUAAUUUUAUUUAGAAAUUUACCAGUAGCUGCUGCAUUUCCCACCCUAGUCUUAUACUCGAGUCAAUACGUUUUCCCAGUUUUUUUUGGGUAAAAUUAGGGGCCUCGGCUUAUAUUCGGGUCGGCUUAUACUCGAGUAUAUACGGUACCCUCAGGUGUCUUCUUUAAGAAAUAGUAUGCCUUUUUGGGGUAGUUGGAAUAUGUAGCCUGCUAACAUAUUUUAAAAUAGAAUACAGACCCAUUAAAACCCUACAUGUAAAUUCACACUUAAAAACCUGUACUUUUCACGUCUCUUACAGCACUGUAACUUCACAAAUUAGUGUCUAGGUCAUACAUUGGGCUUAUUAUUUUACUCAGAAGAGGUAACUGAGCAUACUUAGGGGGAAUUUAUGACAGUGGCACAUAUCAAAUGUACGAAAUACCCAGCGAAAAUGCAACAUAUAUGUAAAAAAAAAAAAAAUUUUUUUUUUUGUUUUACACCUCAAAAUUUAAAAUAAAAUGGUGGCACGUUAAGGUAUAAUGUAUGCCUAAUAAGAUACCCUGGAGUGUCUGCUUUCUUUGUGGGGUUAUUUGAACAGUCAAAUGGCUAUAAUGCCACAAUAUCAGACAUAUGACCAGCUAUGAAAAUUCCAACUAUAGAAACUGAAAUAGCAUGGUCUCCUAUAUGGCAUUGUAGCUUCACAGAAUAGUGGCAAAGGUAUACAAUUGGGGUAUCGGUGUACUCAGCAGAUGUAGCUGAACACAAUGUGGGGUUCUGUACAGGGAUAGCACACACCAGCUUUACGAAAUACACAUUACAAAAACCUUCUUAUAUGUGUAUAUGCCAAAAUAGAGAAACACAAUUUUACUCCAAUAUUUAGCAGAGAUUGGUGGUAUAAUGGCUACGUAAACAGUGUCAAAAUAACCUUAGGUAAAUAGCCUAUGUUGUCUACUAUAUAAAUAUACUUUUGUGUGACAAUUUUGUUUUCUGUGAUGGGUAUUAAACUUCCAAGACAAACAUACCAACUUCUAAAAUUGUUUCACAUUGAAAUUUUAUUUUAGACCUUGUAGUUUGUGACCUGUAACUUUCAAAAUAAACUGAAAUCCUAUACAUAUUAUGUAUUUUGUAAAUCAUGACACAUAAAUUAAUUGAUUUUUGAAUUACUUUUCCUAAGCUGGACAUAUUAUUCACAAGUUAUUAUUGGCAAAACUUGGGGAAAAAAACACCCCUUUUUUGUCCCCCUUUCUACCCCCUCCCCCCCCCUUAUUUUGCGCUUUUUGUUUUUGGUAAUAAAUGAGAAUAUGUAUAUGUCACAUCAAAUUAAAGCAAUUUUUAUUGUCUUUAAAAAAACGGUAUAUAAUAUGUGUCGGUACAAUAAAUGAGAGAUGCAAAUUGCAGUUGAACACAAACAGCAAAAAUUGCUUGUGUCCUUAAGGGUAUGUCCAGCUUCUGAAGCUGUGUCCUUAUGGGGUUAAUAAUGAUUCUUGCCAAAGCUGUAAAUGAGGUAAUUUUGAUAUAAAUAUUGUUAACGCAUACGAUUGGACAGUUCCUGUCCGGUUUCAUUGCUGAACUCUGCCUCCAGAAAGAAGCAUAAACACCUUUUUAUUGGUACAUUCUCUGAACUGGUAACGACAGAUGGGUGCAUCAUCAAUGUCAUCGUUCAGCAGUGAAUAAAAUCAUGGUUUCCAUUUGAACAUCACUGUUCAGUUUGUGGUUGGGUUAAGACAAAAUAUUAUUUAUGUAUUAGUUCUGUAUUAUGUAUUUAUCUCUCCAAGAACAUAUGGAUCAGUCACAGUCUCUAGUGCUGAAUGCUUUGUAGAUUAAUACCUUGCCCUCUUCCCCCAGGUAUUAAAUUUAUGGUGCUGUCAGACCCACGACAGGCUGGUAUAGAUUCUCUGCUGCGCAAGAUAUAUGAACUCUAUUCAGACUAUGCUUUGAAGAACCCAUUUUAUUCACUGGAAAUGCCAAUCAGGUGGGUAGAUUUUUAGCUUUGAUUUUUUUUUAUUUAUUUUUUUCAAUAAUGAAUUGAGGCAUUGACAGAGAAAGCGUAUCCACAUAAAAAGUAUGAUAAUACAGGCAAAAGCAAUAUUAAUAACCAAGUCUGUCCUUUAGGUGUGAACUCUUUGACCAGAACUUGAAGUCUGCCCUGGAGGUUGCAGAGAAAGCUGGAACAUUUGGACCAAGUUCUUAACCCGUCGUCAUCCCCUCUUCAUUUGUCUGCAGUUGGAGAGUACUAUGGAGAUUCAAUCGGCCUUAGCUGUUUAUAUUUGUUUAUACCUUGGCUGCCUCUUUCUGUAAGAGAUGUGCCAUGUUCCUGGUAUGUACAUACUGUAAAAUUGAUAAGUUAUAUCUCAUGUAACGCAGUGGUGGCAUGUGUAGGGUGGUAAUAUUACCUCCAAAUAGAUUGCAGAAUUGUUUUGUAUUUAAACAUUUAUUUCACUUUUGUAUAUAAUUCUGAUAAAACCACAUUUUAUUUCAAUUUUGACAAUUUCUUGUGUCCACUUAACAAUGGAAUUUAUUUUGCUCUCUGCUUUCGUUUUGCUCUUAUAUCCAGUGCCACGUCAACUUUAGCUUAAUGAAGCAAUUUUGGUGUAUAUUUUUCAAGAGAUGUGUAGGGAGUCUACUGUUACCUGACCAACUGCUGCUAAACCUAUCUUGCCUACUGCUGUGAUUGUUCUGUGUGAAACAGCAGAAGCUGGAAAGUUAAGAAGAUAUGACAUAAAUUAUAUAAAAUGUUCUCUUCUCUAUAAUGCACCACGGCAGCUCCUCCUUUCACUCCAGCUGGACAGGAAUUAAGUCAAACUAUUUUAAGUAUUAUUUUUGGUAUAUAAUACCCCAGUUUGUGACCCAAGCCCUACGAUGCAUUGCUUUUACAUCCUAUUACCAGAAAAGGACAAUAACGCUAAAUAUAAAUUCAUAUUCCUCUUUCCCAGCCAUGGCAAUGCACAAAAUAUUAUUAACAAGGGGGAAUAAAAUACACCAACAACUGCUGCACAUUAUAUUAUCACACGAUAAUAUAAAUAGUAUAAAAUAUGCAAUCUACAAAGCUUCCCAAAACUCACUCCUUUGGAUAAUUUGACAUUCAAGCCAUAGCCAAAAGAAGGUAUUCUGCAAGGACCACAUCACUAUCCUAAAUAUCUGGACUGGAAAGACGUGGAGUAAUUGCAAGGAAACUAUAGCAAGCAGUGUCCACAAAGAUUCUGUUCACAACCCGUUCCUUCAAAAAAUAUUUAUUAAGUGAUAAUCUUCUAAUGGAAGUUACAUUGGAAAUACAGUGACAAGCUCCCUUCUGCAGGACAGAUCAUGGUAACCACUGUGUUUUGUGUUUUACAACCAUUUAUCAAGUUCAAUGCUACAGAGUCCUCAUUGAGUGGUCUUUCAGCCCUUGUGGAACCUGUUUUGCCAUGUAUGAUUUGAUUUUACUUAAACUAUACAACAGCAAUAGAAGCAGCGGAGGCCAUUUCUCCCUUCAUAUGUCCUCCAGGAAUGAUGAAUAGCCUGUACACUUGAGCAUGGUUAGGACAAACCAAAUUCCAUCAAUGUGGUCGUUUUGGGAAAAUUGAUUUAUAUACAUCAAAAUGGAUUUAAAAAAAAAAAGCAAAAAUCACAUAUGUGGAGUUACCUUUAGCAGCCGCUCACAGUAGUGAAAUCUUGUGUACUAAUGGUGAGGGUUACAGUUGGCAGCCGCUCACAGUACUGAAAUCUUGCGUACCAAUGGUGAGGGUUACAGUUGGCAGCUGCUCACAGUACUGAAAUCUUGCGUACUAAUAGUGAGGGGACCAAUAAAAAUGCCCUACCUACCCACUUCACCGUAAUAAUAGUGUUUGGAUGGGACAAAUAUAAAACUCUUGUAAAAUAUCAACAACAAAAAAAAAAACUUGCCUUCAGAAUGCUCGGAGUGAGAUUGACCUCUGAUUAGUUGAAUACAAAACAAAUGGUCAAUCUGGGGAUAUAGAGGUAGCCGCAAAACAAUCUUACAGAAAUGUACUUGGGGAGGAGGUGUGAGUUGGGCCUUGGAUGUCAUUAUGUGUAGUAGUAUGAAAUUUUAAGAUUGGAACACAGAGCCUAUUCAGAGCUACAGUCUUGCUUUAACGAAUACGCUUGAGAAGUAAAACCUCCACUUGUCUAGAUUAAUUUAAAAAUGUUUG